AUGACGAUGGUCAUUGACAACCAAGGUCGACACUACGGCGGCGGCAUAACAUACGAUCAUAUGUAUCCCAACAUGCACACAACGCCGCAAUUUAGCGAUCCUUGGUCUCAUCAAACAAGCACCUCCAGUUCUUCCUUUCCGGCGCUGUCCAAGACCGACGGUGCGAGAUCGGGAAUCUCAAUGCCCUACUCCCACAUGCCACCAGUUACUGGCUCAAUGGCACAAGGUAGCGCCUACUCCAGCACUGGAUUUUCUGGCACGGAUUUACUAAGUUACGCUCAAGACAUGCCGCGCCCCAACUACGGAGAACAAGCCUAUUCUUCGCCAGCGGCAACCUCGGCGUCGUACGCCCCGUCAUAUUCCUCUCUCAGCUACGCCCAGUCCCUGCACCAGCAGCAGCAGCAACAGCAGCAGCAGCAACACAGGAAACUCUCCGAUACGGUCGAGAGUUCUCGUGCUGCAAAUGCCAGUUUUGGUGAACUUGACGCCUCCCGGGGCAUGUUGGCGCUAAGCCACCAGAAUCUACAAGAUCUGACGCCCCGGAACAUCUAUGAGGCUCGAGCCCAGAGGGCGUCGACAGAUUCCUAUGGCUUUCCGCAAGCAUCUUCGGCGCAUUCGUCUAUUUCGAACGAAUCAGGACGAGGCUAUGCCUACUACGCGCCUAGUUCAGUAGGCUCUGUGACCGAUUCUGCCACAGACUACAGCUCUGCAGCGUCCGACGGGGGCUAUGAAUCCAUGGCGGCUUCCCGGACACUCCCUCGACCGAAUCAGCUGUUAGGCCCUCCCAUGGGACCUCCUGCCCCGCAGUCAAUGAUGGGUCAGUUUUCAUCCAAGAUGGCCGCCAACACUCAGAAGAAGCACAAGUGCAAGGUUUGCGACAAGCGGUUCACCCGUCCCAGCUCCUUGCAGACACACAUGUACAGCCACACAGGUGAAAAGCCCUUCGCUUGCGACGUGGAGGGAUGUGGGCGUCACUUCUCUGUUGUCUCCAAUCUGCGCCGACACAAGAAAGUGCACAAGGGUGACUCCCUCUCGAGUGCUAGCCAUUCGGACAUUGAGGAGUGA